AUGUUGAAAAAGAAGAGCCCCAGCUUGGGGGCGCCCUCCGAAGCCGAGAUGGACGAGUCCGGCUACAUGUCCUCUCGAGUGCGGAACAACUCAAACGAGGAGGCGCCAGUUUUGUUGGAAUGCAACUCUGCAACCGAUAACUGUCCGAACAGCAAUGCAACAGCUAUCCCCAAAGGCCUUGCCUCGUCGCUCAGCAGCCAUUCGAGAGAUCAACUCUGGACCAAGAAAUACCCGCUGACGAUCCCCGCCAGCAGCAGCAUCAAUAGCUGCGACGAGCCCUAUAGGACGCCUAACCUGCAGCAAGUGCAGAGCAUUCCAAAUCCCCAUAAGAAGCACUUUAUGGCCCCGCACAGCAGCCCGAAGAAGUCGAAGAAGGUUUUGUUUUCACCGGACGAGCCACUGAGCCGGAGACGCUACUUCGAUGGUUUGAAGCAUUGCGACAUCUUCAGUAUGCUGAGCCACAACCAGCCGGCCCUCUCAACUAAAUAA